AUGUUCUCGUGGAGGGCGCGCGGCGACCCCGCGCCGGGGAUGUACGCCCUCCAGCUCGACCCGUCCGGGGCGCCGCAGUACGUGCUGGUGGCCAACGGCACCCGAGAGUACUGGCUUACUGGCAACUGGACGGGCAAGUUCUUCACCGGCGCCCCGGAGGUCGCAGCGUCGAGCGGCAGCUCAGGGUACAGCUUCGAGUUCGUGGACAACGACGAGGAGAGCUACUUCACGUACAACUUCGCCGUCAACACGACGGUGUACCGGUUCGUGAUGGACGUGUCGGGGCAGGUGAAGGGGUGGUUCUGGGUGGAGGCCACGCAGGGGUGGAACCUGGUGUACGCCGAGCCCAAGGCACGGUGCGCCGUGCCCCGCGGCUGCGGCGCGUUCGGCAUCUGCAGCGACGGCACGGCCACGGCGUGCGACUGUGCCCGGGGCUUCCGCCCGCGGAGUCCAGCCAACUGGGGCUCCGGCGACUACAUCGACGGCUGCGUGCGUGACGCCCAGCUGCAGUGCGCCAAGAACAGCAGCGGCAGCGUCGGCACUGCUACCGGCUUGAAGAAGGAAGACCAGGACAAGUUCCUCCGCAUGGAUGGCAUGAGGUUCCCGGAUGACGGUCGAGUAGUGGGCGCGGCGAGCACCGGCGACUGCCAGAGCGCGUGCCUUGGGGACUGCACGUGCUCCGCUUACGCGUACAACACCAGCUGCUUCCUGUGGCAUGGAGACCUGCAAACUUUGCAGGCCGGUAUCGGCGAUGACCAGGCCGGCGCGGGAAGCCUCUACCUCCGGCUGGCCGCGUCGGAGAUCCCAGGCGCGAGAAGCCACAAGUGGCGGAACAUCAAGAUCGCCGCCGCUGCACUCGGCAUCGCCUGCUUCGUGGUCGCCGCCUCCAUUCUUCUAGUUCAUACGACAAGGAAGAGAAGAACAGCGAGAGUUAACGGUCUCGCCGUCGGCGAUGGCUGUGUGAGCUACAAGUACAGUGACCUGCAGUACCUGACCAAGAACUUCACUGACAAGAUCGGUGCCGGCGCCUUCGGGUCGGUGUUCAAGGGUCAGUUCUCCGACAGCACCGUGGUGGCCGUCAAGAAGCUGGAGGGGCUCCGGCAAGGCGAGAAGCAGUUCCGCGCGGAGGUGAGCACGCUGGGCACCAUCCAGCACGUCAACCUGAUCCGCAUGCUCGGGUUCUGCUCUGACGGCGGCGCCGACCGGAAGCUGCUGGUGUACGAGUACAUGCCCAACGGCUCGCUCGACCGCCACCUGUUCAACAAGACGUUCUACGUCCUGAGCUGGCAGGUGCGGUACCAGGUUGGGAUCGGCGUCGCCAAGGGGCUCGCCUACCUUCACGAGAGGUGCCGGGACUGCAUCAUCCACUGCGACGUGAAGCCGGAGAACAUCCUCCUCGACGCCGCCUUCGCGCCCAAGGUGGCGGACUUCGGGCUCGCCAAGCUCGUCGGCCGGGACUUCAGCCGGGUGAUCACCACCAUGCGGGGGACCAUCGGGUACCUGGCGCCGGAGUGGAUCAGCGGCGAGGCGAUCACGGCCAAGGCCGACGUGUUCAGCUACGGGAUGAUGCUCUUCGAGAUCGUGUCCGGGAGGAGGAACCUCGAGCAAGGGGAGAGGCAGUUCGUGGCGUCGUCGUUGGCAUGCGCGACAAGCACGGAGGAGCAAGCUACAACGACGACGACGGCGUUCUUCCCGUUGCUGGUCGCGCGGAGGCUGGCGGAGGAGGGGGACAUGAUGGCGCUGCUGGAUCCCGAGCUGGAAGGGGACGCCAGCGCCGACGAGAUGAGGAGGUUGUGCAAGAUCGCCUGCUGGUGCAUCCAGCGCGACGUCGACGCUCGGCCGACGAUGGCGGAGGUGGUGCAGGUGCUAGAGGGGUUGACGGACAUCGAGAUGCCACCGGUGCCACAAUACCUUGAAGUGCUAGCGGGACAAGCGAUACAAGAGUCGGUCUACCAUAGCACGGAUCAGCAUUAAGCUCUUUUUCCGCUCAUGGUUGGGAAUCGUCUGCGUCAGCAACUUUGUUAAACUACUGGGAAAAAUAACGGAAUUGCUAAGUUUCAGCUAACUGAGAUGUAGCUUAUGUCUCA